AUGCUGUUUCGUGUGCUGUUGCUGAUUUCGUGUGCCCUUGCGGCCAAAAUCAGACCGUUCCCGGAAACAGACCUCGACCUGGCCAAACUGCCCGCCUACGCCGUCAACGACCCGGUCAAACUCGCGUGCAACGCCCGGCAGAUCGACAACGGCGAGCACAAGUUCGAUGCCAACGGCAACGUCGUGCUCGAGCCCGUCGUGCGGUGCCUGGAAACAAACGCCCCACUUGCGUUCAAAUACGGCGUCAACGAACGCAUCACCUGCACAGUCAAGUUCGAAGACGAACUGUACCAUCUGUUCCAGCUGUACCUGCACAACGACGUGCCGUUCUCGUGUCGCAUGGACGUGAAACCAGCCACAGGCGUCACUGUGCCGCUGGUGUUCCAGUUCCGCGGCGUGGUGGAGGAAUCCCACUUCGACAUCGACCCAAACUUGAACGUUCUGCUGCUCUCCAAGGAUAACCAGAUCGUCUCCAGCACAGCCUGGUCCAGCUCGCUCAACACCACCAAAGUGAUCAUCGGCGACCAGGUGCCGCUGCAAUUCGACGUGCACUGGAUCGAUGGCGGCCGGCUCGACGUCAACGACCAGGACGUGCGGUUUCUGCGGCUGCCCAACCCGCCCAGCUUUGCACUAGUUGCUCUGUACUGCCUCGCGUCGAUCGUCCUGGGAGCCGUCGGCGCGGUCGGUCUGGGCUACAAGCGGAUCUCCAAGAAGAUCCAGCUUAGUGACCUAAGUAAAGUCGAUUAG